AUGCAGUUAAAAUCAGUAGAUUUCCAAAAAAAAGAUCCAGAUUUUGACGGAACUGUGUCUACAGAGAUUCUUACUGAGAUUUUAUAAUAAAAAGGAGUAAUGCUAGAUUAGAAAUAAGUACAAACAAUCCUUAACUUCUUUUCUGUAGAAGAAGAUAAUGAUGAUAGUCUUGGCUAAUAAUAAUGCCAAAAUCAAGAUAAAUUUUAUUAUUUAGAAUUCUUCGCUAUAGCUAAAGAACUCAAGCCAUAAAUCUAGCCAAUAUUUAUCUCACCAAGAAAUUAGCCCUAGUCAAAGAUCAAUAAUUUCACAUCACCCAAUAAUCAGCACAACUAUAGUUCUGAUUAAAAAUCCAAUAUUAGAUGUCCAAAGAGUUAUUAGAAGGAGAAUUUAUAGUCUAGAAUGAAGCAAGAUAAUGAAGCUCAAGAAUAAAAAAUCACUGAAGAUUCUUCGAUUUUAGACUCUAUUAUUUACAAUGAGGCUUAAGACUUUAAAAAGAUAAGUUAAUAAGACUAGUAAUUCUAAUAGGAUCUAUUUCUAGCGACAAUAUCUAGGAAGGUAUUCUAUGAAAAUUAAAUUAAUGAAAAUGAGUUCUUUGGUAGUUUUGAGCUACACUAAGGCUAAAUUAUAUCUUAUGUUGAUUUCUAGACAUAUCUUAAAGGUCUUGGGCUAUAAUAUAGCAUUGAUGAUAUUAGUGAACUGCUAUUUUAGUGGAUUCCUAAAGGUGCUGAUGGUAUGGGUGAGAGGGAGUUAAGAUAAUUCUAUUGUGACUUAAAAUAAUUAUAUGAACGCCAAAAUUGA